UUCUUCGAGAGCCUCUCCCGGUACAACACCACCACCACAGCGGUGAUGCUGGUGGUCUGGUGAGUCACCGACCGACGUUACCUGGCGUUUGUUUACACCAUGGCAGAGCAGACGAAGAACAGUGUGACCAUUAAAUUGGGCAUGGUCGGAGACAGUUCAAUUGGAAAAACGUCUCUUAUGGUGAAAUAUGUAGAAGGAUCAUUUGACGAGGAUUAUAUUCAGACGCUUGGCGUGAACUUUAUGGAAAAAACGAUUAGCAUCCGAAACACGGAAAUUACGUUUUCUAUUUGGGAUUUAGGCGGUCAACGUGAGUUCGUCAACAUGCUUCCAUUAGUUUGUAACGAUGCUGUCGCAAUUUUGUUCAUGUUUGACUUGUCUCGAAAGUCCACACUCAAUUCCAUUAAAGAAUGGUAUCGGCAAGCCCGGGGAUUCAAUAAAACUGCAGUUCCCAUCCUGAUAGGAACCAAGUACGAUUACUUUGUGGGUCUUUCUCGCGAAGACCAGGAAGAGAUCACGAAACAGGCACGUCGGUACGCUAAGGUCAUGAAAGCAAGUCUGGUUUUUUGUUCUACGUCGCAUUCCAUCAACGUUCAAAAGAUUUUUAAAAUCGUUCUCGCAAAGGUGUUCGAUCUCAAAUGCACGAUUCCGGAGAUUACAGCUGUGGGCGAACCCAUUCUCGAGUACCAAAGUGUCUAAUGGUUGCCGGCAGCCUUGAGCACACAGUCCUCGUCAUCAAACUCUCACAUCGUCUUUUUUUCUUUCUCCUUCCGUUACAGCGUACCUUUUUAUUUCCACCUUACAAACAUACACACAUUUACUCACUCACACAUACCCGUUCCUCAUUGCCUUCAAAUUUAUCUUCGUCUAUUUAGAGUGUGUCAAUGUUGACAGGAUACACGCAUACCUAUUUUUUCUCAAUAUACCAACAUAUACCAAAAUAUACACAAACAAACAUACACACCUACGUAACGUGAUCACGACUCACAAAUGAAAGCCAGAAAACACACAAGAUCGUAGCUGCGUAACCCUUGAUUUAAAUCUCCAGUCUCUCUACAGUGUACUUCCCAAUUGUCAUAUCCAGGUUCUUGGCCCGUGAGCGUUGAUUCUUUCCCUUCGCUUUUUCCAUGAAUGCGUCCUUUUUCAGCAAAGUAGCAAGGUCACUAACCUCUUCCACAACAGCUUUAGGCUGAGGAUUGCUGUAGACAACUCCAGCCUUAGCGCCGGCAGACAUGCUCCGCUUGUGCUUAAUAAGCUCCGUAACAGCAGGUAAGAGCAAAAGUAGCGAGUUCAUAGCCUUCAAUGAUUCUUCUACCGAGGAGUGCAAGUCCUUGACGAGGGCAAGGUUUUGUUCGCCCAAGGCAAGGCGACCAGGGCCCAAACAGUCCAUGAUUAAUGCAGCACAACGGGCCAGUGCACCAUCGCUCAACUUCGCAGAGGAAGUUGCACGAGAAGGCGUUAAGAGAAAUUGGGCAACCACGGAGAAGAGGGAAUCCAAUUCUUCAGGAAUGAGUUGCUCCUUAAGAAUGGCAAUGGCACUCGGGGCGUGAAGAGUGUCGAGACGAGCAAACAGCACAAUGAAGUGCUUCUUUUUGUUGCGUUGAAGUGCGACCUUGAGUGCACGAGCAAUGUCGACUGCCGAAACGUCAGAAAUGCGUUCCAUCAACAGCAUUCCGAGUUCGGGAUGGAAAUCGUGUAGGCAUUGGAAGACCGAUUGUCCGCCGGGAACAUUGAGCGCAGAGCACGAAAACAGGCGGUUGCGCAACAAGUACUUCAGUGUCUCACGAGCCGGGAGUUUGAGUUUUAAUGCGCCAUCAACUUCGGCAAACAGCAAUUCUUGCACAGCAUGUACGAAUGAAACUGGAAGCAGCUGGAUGUUCUGCAAAGCAGCGUCCUUUGCACGUCUGCGUGUACCAAACUCGUUCUGAUACGCUUCAGCAAACUCGGUGAAUCGUUGAUCGAAUUCGUCGCAUUUGCCCUCGGCGGCUAGCUUCUGCAAGUCGACAAGCGUUGCACGACCCGAUUCGUCUUGGAUACGCAUAUUUUUCAGCACCUGUUCACAUAAAGAGGUGGUAUUUUUAGACUUGGUAAGGAUACCAUCGGCAAGGGCGCCAUGAACGGUCAUAUUCUGACCCAAUUUGUGUCUACGCUUGCCCACAGCAUCCGCCAAACGAAGAUGCUUGGGAGCGUAGAAAGGUAACUGGUGCAAGCUCUUGCGCGAAGUGAAAACGAUGUCGCCAGCAACGGCCUUGUCUGUAUCGGAACGUUUUAAGAUAGCGAGGAAGCCGAGGGAAUUGCUGCUGCCCAUACUAAACUCGGCCUGCACCGUUCCAUACUGCAGGUCAAGGAGAAAAGCCGUAUUUUCAGCAAACAGUGUGCAGAAAUUGCGAGAAAUAGGUACAAUGCGAACAACGGUGGAAAGUACACCGGAGAAGUCGAAUGUGUGCGCCAACCGAAGGGAGUCUGCAGUAACAGCUUCGUACACAGACAAUCUCUCAUUGCCAAAAGCACAUACAGCCUCACCAUCAUUCAAAAGUGCAAGCUGGGGCGAGUAGUUAGUGCCAAAUUUAUCGUGUACGAGUCGUUUGGCAACUACCUCUCUACGAGCGAGAGAAUAUGAUGCUACUACAUAUUGAGUAUUGCCAGCAGACUUGGUUGCGUACAGCAUAUGAAGGCUGGAGGGAGAGUUACGGAUGGCAUCUUCCUUGGUGCUAUCGACAUCGACAGCAUCUGUCAUCUCCACAUCGCCCGAACGUGCAUCUUCCUGAGCCUUUGCAUUUUCCGGCACUUUUUUGUUGCUACACACAACCUGCAACACUUGGUCCCCACUAGCUAAAGGGGACCACACAGGUUCCGACAACGAACCAUCGGUUUCUUGACUGGGAAGUAUGUAGACGCUACCAUCUUCAAAAACAACCAUAAGCUGCUGCGUGUCGGGUUCCAACAGCAGACUGAACGCCUUUCGACCAGACAAGUCUGUGUAUGUAAUGGAUGUUUGUUCGUCUGUCUCAUCGUAGCGCCACUGAAGCAACGCCCACGCGUUGUUUGUCUUCGUAGAGCAGGUGCAGGCCCAGACACGGUGUACGGAGUCUUGUUUCACGUACACGGGAUCACACGAAAACUGUGUUUUGUCAGGGAGCGGACACGACGCGAUAAGACGCUGCUGUUUUAAACUGUACAAGUCGAUUCCCUGACCCUCAACCUCAACUGCGAGUUGCUGAGCACAUUCAAGUCCAUUUUUUGUGGCCACUACUCCGAACAAUUUUGACUUUCCUUUUCUCCCGGAUUUCGAGCCGCUCGACAGUGAACCAAGCAAAGAAACCUCUCCAAACGAAGCCAUCGUGUUUUUUUUAAACAGAAUGGGGGAGUUUUAGUGGGAAAUACCACGUUUUUUUAGCUUUAGCUGGGUUUUGUUGUGGACCUGGGAGUUGGUAGCUGCUGGAGACAGGGUGUCAGCAGGCAGUAGAGUUUGAGGUAGAGCUGAAAGUUGGGUAACAUUAAAAGGGUAACAAGC